UUCCUGCCGAGCCGCCGUAGCAAUGGGAGACAACGUUUCCAAGCGGAUGAAGUUAAUAUCAGCUACCGAAGCAGAGAUGGAGGAGCGCUCUUUCCCUAACCAGUAUCCUGACUGGGAGCAGGGAGUGGUUGCCUCGAACGCUGGAGCUGACGUGGAAUAUAAUGAUCCGUUUGACGCUGAAGGAAAGGUUAAUGCAGCAUUUCAGAUGAAGGUCCAGAGUAAGAUCAAAGAUCUCCUUGAACAGAUGGAAGAGGGCCUGAAGACUGCUGACCCCCAUGACUUCUCCACUUACACCGGCUGGACAGGCAUUGCCUUGCUGUACCUUCAGCUGCACCGCAUCUCCUCUGAGGGCUCCCACCUGCAGAGGGCGCUGGACUAUGUGAAGAGGGCCAUGAGGAUUCUGAAUGGUCGGAGAGUGACUUUCCUGUGUGGCGAUGCAGGGCCUCUGGCUGUUGGUGCUGUGGUCCACCACAAGCUAAACAACAGUGUAGAGAGUAAAGACUGUGUGUCGAGGCUCCUGCAGCUGCAGCGCUCGGUUCUAAGUCCAGACGCCGAGAUGCCAGAUGAACUGCUGUAUGGUCGGGUUGGAUACCUGUUUGCUCUGCUCUAUGUUAACAAGGAAAUUGGAGCUGAUACUGUGGAUGAGGGCAUAAUUACAAAGGUGGUGACGGCCAUUGUCAGAUCGGGAAAGAACAUGUCAGCAGAGGAGAAGAAGACAGAUUGCUGCCCUCUUCUCUACGAAUGGCACAAGAAGCAGUACAUUGGUGCUGCCCAUGGCCUCGCUGGCAUUUAUUACAUGCUAAUGCAGCCUGGAGCGAGAGUCCACCCAACCAUGCUGGCAGAGCUGGUUCGGCCCAGCAUCGACUACGUCCGCCACAAGAGGUUUCGAUCAGGGAACUUCCCUUCAUCGCUGAGCAACGAGAGUGACCGGCUGGUACACUGGUGUCAUGGAGCUCCUGGUGUCAUCCACAUGCUCAUCAUGGCCUACAAGGUGUUCAAAGAGGAGAAAUACCUGAAGGAGGCAGCGGACUGUGCUGAGGUCAUCUGGCAGCGGGGCUUGCUAAGAAAAGGCUAUGGUAUCUGUCAUGGCACCGCCGGCAAUGGCUAUGCCUUCUUAACCCUUUAUAAGCUCAACCAGGAGAAGAAGUACUUGUAUCGAGCAUGCAAGUUUGCUGAGUGGUGUUUGGACUAUGGGGCUCAUGGCUGUCGCAUCCCAGACAGACCGUACUCUCUGUUUGAAGGUAUGGCAGGAACCAUCCACUACCUGUCAGAGAUGACAAACCCUGAAGCUUCCAGCUUUCCUGCCUUUGAACUGUAACGCGCCAACUGCUGAGGCUGAGAAUCUGGAGAGGCCUAAAGGAGAAACAAACAGUAUUUGGACAACGUUGUUUGACAGAACAGUUAGACUGGUGGCAGGUGGAUUUCUGUAAAAAUUCACCUGUUUGUUUCUCUGAAUAAUUCAUGGAUGUAACUGUGAGAUGAAUGUUGUUGCUUCAUUGAGGGGGCUUAACAGGAAUAGCUGCCUGCUAAAAAUGGACAUGUUUAUCCCAUGGGAUCAGUGGUAGGAAAAUCAUGGAAACGUGUCCUUGUGCUCUUUCAUCCAGCAGUGUUUUGGGCUGAAGAAAGAGCUCCAUGAAGAAGCCUUCCCACUCAAUAAGAUUCAUUGUCAGCUUAUUGGGACAAUGUUUAAAACUCCCUCAGCCCUGAACUGGUAAUGCUAGAGGUCUGAUGUUGUUCAGGUGUUGAAAGGCCUCUGCAUGUCCACCACUGUUGGCUCUUGGUGUGUCAUGUCCUAUCUGUGUCGUGUUUAAACACUUCUCCAUGUUUGUGUUGCAUUGUGCUAAAGUUAUCUUUCAAUAAUUGUGAACAAUAUAUGGGGUGACCAAUCAAUGUGGAUCCAUUUUCCUGUGCAUGCUGUUUUGAUCCCAACAGGUUGCCCUGGCAGCAGUGGAGUUUUACCAGCAGUGUCCAUGUCCUGCGACAGACUAAAGACUGGAUAGAAUUUAUGUAAAGAGGUUUUUUUCUCUUUAUUGUUUCUAUUUUAUCUUCCAUCAUACAGAUGUUUAAUGAGCUGAUAGCACCUUGUGAUGGUGAGACACCCACAGUAAAAACUCCCAGCACUGGCAACUCUUCAUUCACAUGUCACUUAACAGUGAUGGAGCUCAAGUUAUGUCAUAAAGUCAUAGCUGAUGGUAAUGUUCUACAAAAGAUAUGAGAAAAGCCCAAAUUAUUUAAUAUUCCAUUGUUCGGCUCCAUUGCCUCCAUCAUACUCCAAUAUAAGCCUCAUAUCUGGGGAACAACGCUACUGUUCAAGUAUCCAAAUGCUUCUAAUAAAACAGAAACUGCAGUCA